CAGUGAUGGUAAACUAUUGGCGUAAAUUAAAUGAAGGAGGAAUUCUGGAAGAACCGUUAGCACGCUAUUUGUGGAGAAAUGAACUUAAAAGCAGUGAAGAUGAUGACGACGUCGUUUUCAAAGACUUCAUUGAACUUAUGAAGGCGUUUGGACUUCUCUUUGAAAAGAUCAAGAAAGCAGCAUCAGAAGAUGACCCUCGAGUAUUUGUCGUUCCAUCUCGAAUGAAGUCCAAAGAUGAUGAUAGAUUGGAAGUUAAGGAAGAUGAGAAGCAGACAGUAUCCAUCUAUGUGACGCCUAAAGACUUUCUUCCCGACGCCGUCUACGAUAUCUUGGUCGUCAGAUUUGUGAGUUUGAGUCAAGAGAAUGGUUAUUGUGAUGACCCAAAGUUGUUUCAGAAUCAGGCUAAAAUUCUAUUCGAUGAUAAGCAUUACCUAAGACUAGGUCGAAUAUCAAUUGAUAAUAAACGUUCUUUGAAGCUUGAAAUAUCACGGAUGAAAGAGAGAGGCGCAGACGGCACAAACAAGUCAGCUUGCAAGCCGCAUCCUGAUGUCUGUAAAGAGGUUUUGCAGGUUUUAAAGCAACACCUAGGUGAAGUAUAUCCAUCUAAGAGAGUUGUCGAUUAUGCUCUGAAAAUCCUUUGCUUAGUCUGUUCAAACACUGAGGAACCACACUUUCAAGAACUUGAGUACUGCUUAAAGAACGAGAAUAUGACUUGUGACAAAACUGGUGAACUUAUAACGAUGCCGGCAGCUAAUGUACAGAAGCUAUUUGCAGCUGGUAUUCUACAUAAAUCCUCAGUUACGGAUACGGCUCAUCAAUCCUCGGCUAUGAAUAAAGGUUGGUAGAUACACUUAUACUGUAAAACGUAUAAAGCAGGUGGACG